AUGGUACUUCGAAACCGUCUGCUUUUCACUUCCAUAUUCUUAUCGCCACCUCCCUCUCCCUCUCUAAAACCCCAACCUCUCACACUCACCUUCCCAACCUCAACCACCCCAAAACCCUCCCGGCAUGUCUCCUCAGCCUCGAAAACCACACCCAUCUUGGAGAAAGACCGCGCCGUCCUCUUCGUCCCGCCCGGAGUCGACCAUGAUGAGGUGACCCAAGACACGGUCCUACCCGGGUCCAACAUCGUCAUCGGACCCUACGCUGGCGAUGCCAAGAUUAAGGAGGUGGUGUUUGUGAAGAGCAGUAGUAGAGCUAAGGACUGCCCCAAACAUGACCGCCCCGAGUUUGCUAUACUGGGCCGGUCCAAUGUGGGAAAGUCUUCGCUUAUCAAUGCCUUGGUUAAGAAGAAGGAUGUUGCUCUCACUUCUAAGAAGCCAGGGAAGACUAAGUUGAUCAAUCAUUUCUUGGUGAACAAAAGUUGGUACAUUGUGGAUUUGCCUGGUUAUGGGUUCGCUAAAGCUCCAGAAGCUGCACGGAUGGAUUGGUCUGCAUUCACAAAAGGUUUCUUUUUAAACAGAGAUAAUCUUGUUGCUGUUCUACUUCUUGUUGAUGCCAGUGUUCCACCUCAGAGGAUUGACCUAGACUGUGCGAAUUGGCUUGGACGAAACAAUAUACCAGUGACUUUUGUCUUCACGAAGUGCGACAAAAUGAAAGGGGGCAAAGGUAAAAGGCCUGACGAGAACCUCAGGGAUUUCAAGCAGUUCAUUGCAGAAAACUACAAGCAACAUCCCCCAUGGAUCAUGACUAGCAGCGUAACUGGUUUGGGCAGGGAUGAACUUCUGCUUCACAUGUCACAGCUUAGAAAUUACUGGGAUCAAUAGUCUGUAUUAUCAUGAUUCUUGCUGAUUCCUCAAAUGCAGAGGGAGAAACUUCUUCGCUUAGAAUUAAGACUUCAACUCUGUUGCCCAUAGCUUUUCUAAUGGGCUUUAUUAACCUCCGCUAACAGUUGUAUAUAUAUAGUGCUGGUUAUGAUCAAUCCAAAUGUUAUGAUC